AGGGGUUUACUAUAUAUCAGAAAACCCUAGCUCCUCGGCAGCUAGGAAGGGAGAUCCUAGAAGCAGCAGCAGCCAUGGUGAAGUAUUCGCAAGAGCCGGACAACAAUACCAAGUCCUGCAAAGCCAGAGGCAGCGAUCUCCGCGUUCAUUUUAAGAACACAAGGGAGACUGCCCAUGCAAUUCGCAAGAUGCCUUUGGUCAAGGCCAAAAGGUAUCUGGAGGAUGUUUUGGUCCAUAAGCAGGCCAUUCCAUUCACUCGCUUUUGUCGUGGAGUAGGACGAACUGCUCAGGCCAAGAAUCGCCAUUCAAAUGGACAGGGACGGUGGCCUGUUAAAUCUGCCAAAUUCAUUCUGGACUUGCUUAAGAAUGCCGAGAGCAAUGCAGAGGUGAAAGGUUUAGAUGUGGAUUCGCUCUUCAUAUCUCAUAUCCAGGUGAACCAGGCCAGGAAGCAGAGGCGUCGCACAUACCGUGCUCAUGGAAGAAUUAAUGCUUACAUGUCAUCACCAUGCCAUAUUGAGUUAAUUUUGUCAGAAAAGGAGGAGGCUGUCAAGAAAGAGGCCGAAACUCAGCUGACUAGUAGGAAAACAGCGAAGACCAGAGCUGUCGCAGUUUAAGAUGCUUCAAGUCCCAUCUCUUUUUGUCGUUAUUUGCUAUCCUUUUUCCUAAAAUGUGCUCUGUUUUGUUUUAUUGAGUAACCCCGCUUGAGCUUGAGUGAAAUGCGAAGCUCAUUUAGACUUCUUCAGGCAUUGAUUUGAAUUAGACUUGUGGUUUACAAUUUGAUUAUGACAUUGGAUUGGUCAGAAACAAAUUGCCAAAAUUUCUGUUU